GCCUUCCAGCAGCAGCACAGAGGGGAUGCCCAGCCGUGCCGCUGCUGCCACCUCCCGGAGCGAGGCGCGGUCCCUUUAAGGCGGCGCGGAGAGCACUGUCCCUUUAAAAGGCGGCGGGCGGGAGGCGGCGGUGACCGGGGCCGUCGCCUGCCCGCCGGGUUUUCCCCCCCUUUCCUGCCGGCCCGUCGUUCGCAGCCGCCCGUUAAAAAGAGAAGGCAAGAUGGCCGAGCUGGGCAGCAAGGGGGUCACCGCCGGGAAGAUCGCCAGCAACGUGCAAAAGAAGCUGACCCGGGCGCAGGAGAAGGUCCUUCAGAAGCUUGGGAAAGCAGAUGAAACAAAAGAUGAACAGUUCGAACAGUGCGUGCAGAACUUCAACAAACAGCUGUCUGAAGGCACGAGGCUGCAGAAGGACCUCCGAACCUACUUGGCUUCUGUCAAAGCCAUGCACGAGGCCUCCAAGAAGCUGACGGAGUGUUUGCAGGAAGUGUAUGAGCCGGAUUGGCCUGGGAGGGAUGACACAAAUAAAAUAGCAGAGAACAAUGAUCUCCUCUGGACAGAUUUCCAUCAGAAGCUGGUGGAUCAGGCACUGCUGACCAUGGAUACGUACCUUGGCCAAUUUCCAGACAUUAAAUCUCGUAUAGCAAAGCGAGGAAGGAAGCUUGUGGAUUACGACAGUGCCAGACACCACUUUGAAGCCCUGCAAACUGCAAAGAAGAAGGACGAAACCAAAAUUGCAAAGGCUGAAGAAGAGUUAGUAAAGGCUCAGAAGGUGUUUGAAGAGAUGAAUGUUGAUCUUCAGGAGGAGCUGCCUUCACUAUGGAAUAGUCGUGUUGGUUUCUACGUCAACACAUUCCAGAGUAUAGCAGGCCUAGAAGAGAACUUCCAUAAAGAAAUGAGUAAGUUGAAUCAAAACCUCCAUGAUGUCCUGCUGGGUCUAGACAAGCAGUACUCAGGCAAUGCCUUGCCCGUGAAAGCACAGCCCAGUGACAGCACCCCAGCGAAAGCAAAUAAAAGCCCCUCGCCUCCACCAGAUGGAUCUCCCAUCACCAGCCCUGAGACCAAGACUGUCAACCAUGAGCUGGAACCAUCUACUUUGGAAGCACCUGGGGCAAGCAUCCCAAAGUCACCAUCUCAGUUGAGGAAAGGGCCUCCGGUGCCUCCGCCUCCAAAAGUCACCCCCUCCAAGGAGAUCAAGCAGGAAAACAUCAUCAGUCUGUUUGAUGACAAUUUUGUCCCUGAGAUAAGUGUGACCACCCCUUCGCAGCCUGCAGAAGCAGCCCAUGCAGGAGCUGAAGCAGCUGGAUCAGAAGCAGCAGCUGGAGCUGAUGCAUCUAAAACUGAAGCUGAUUCAGGAUCGAGCUCUCUGCCUGCUGUUGUUGUGGAAACUUUCCCUGCUACUGUCAAUGGCACUGUGGAAGGAGGCGCUUCAUCUGAAAGACCUGACAUGCCCCCAGGAUUUCUGUUCAAGGUCCAGGCCAUGCAUGAUUACACAGCCACUGACAGUGACGAGCUGCAACUGAAGGCUGGGGAUGUGGUGCUUGUGAUUCCAUUUGAGAAUCCUGAGGAGCAGGAUGAAGGAUGGCUGAUGGGUGUGAAGGAGUCUGACUGGAUCCAGCAUAAGGAACUUGACCAAUGCCGAGGAGUUUUCCCAGAGAAUUUCACCGAACGGGUGCAGUGAAAGCCCAGCCCACCAGCUGCAUUUCUGCUGGAAGAAAGCAAGUGGUCUCAAAAUUGAUAAAGAACAGUGGAAAGAAAAGAAGAGAAUUUUAAAGGAGCAGAAGCCUGAAAAAAAUGUCAACUUUAAGGGUGUGUUCUUCUCAAAGGGCAAGGUUUCAGAAGUAAAUUGAAAUUCAAAGUGUUAUCAAAAUAUAUACAUAUUAAUUAUAAUAAGGCAAGUCAAAUACCCUUUCCCCCUUUGAUUUUAACAGCAUUUGGAUUCAGAGGACUGAUGCAGAAGCAAAUCAGUGUGGUUCUUUAAAUACUGCAUUGACUGAAUUGGCGAGAUGUCGGUCUGACCCCCGGAGAGGCAGUAUUUGUCUAGUGGCUUGAGAGCAGAAGCUGUGUUUGCUCUUGGGUGGGCUCAUCUGUUUUGUCUUGAAGGUGGCUUGCAUGGCAACCAUAAAAAUUCAGCCUUCCCUACAUGUUCAGCCUUCAGUAGGCCAAACUUUCUGUUAUGCUGUUGAAAAAAAAUAUUUAGUGUAUAGUGUUCACCAAUACAAUGUAUGUGUGUGUAUAUGUAUUUUAUUUUCUUCCUUUAAAACAAUGUUACACAAACUGUGACUUUGUACAUGUAAAGACAGAAGAAACUACAUGGAAGGGGCAUGGAGAAGAUGAAACGUGUGAAGCUGUGCUCAGUCCGAAGUUCUUUCAAAUGCAGAUACCUAAACUCUUGCAGUAGUAUUGGCCUAUGCAAUGCUAAGAGGAAUGGACAAAUUGAAGAGGGGAAGCCAGAUAAAACAAGCAGAUGCCAUUUAGAUAGCUCUGAAAUUUAGGAGAGACCCCCCAAGACCCCCUAGGUGGUUUCAGAAAAGCUUAGAUUCAUGUGGGUAGAAGAUAGCUCUCAGAUCUGGCUGGUUAGAAGAUUUGCUUUUAAAGAAAGAGAUAAGAGAAGAAAAAUUUUCUUCUGAAAGAAUGUCUAAGGAAAAAAAUAUUGCUUUCUGUGUCUUUAAUCGGCAUUGUUAUUUGUGGAAUCGUAUUUCUUAUUUUCCUUUGGAGGGUUCUGUAAGUGAAAUAUUGUUAGAUCAGCUUUCUCCAGUGCUGUGCUGGUGAUCAAGUUAACCUCUACGAAAACUGGACUCUUGAAAUACUCAUUUAAAAUCACUGCAUGACUUCAUGGUAUUUUAAUGCAUUAGAAAGGAAGGCAAGAAUAUCAAAGUGUCAGUGUCAAGAAGACAUUCUGCAGUCUAAUACUGAUGCUGAGACCUUUCCUUUGCUCCUGUUUGUUUUUGAAUUUUGUUUCUUUAGUUUAAAUAAGCAGAUGACAAGGCUGUUUCAAAGUGCAUUUUACACUUGUUAAAAUAAGCCGGUCUGACCCUCCAAGACUCUAAAGUCCAACAAAGGUACUUUAAACUUUACUUGAAUACUGAUGCAGCUGGCAAGCAGGUCAGGCUAUUAUCAUUUUUGUAUGGCUUCACAUACCACUGAUGUUGCUGCCUUGAACGGAUUUUUAACAGUGAGGUUAUUUUCUGCUGUAAAGGGACAAGAUCACUCUCUGAAAUAAUCUUCCUAACUGUUAGGAGCUGGCUUUUGUCAAAGAUGCACCGAAUGCUGACACACACUACUGAAAAUCCCACCUUUUCCAAUCUGUUCUGAUUAUUUGUAGGACAACAGAAAAAAACAUUGUAGGGCAAAAGUGGAUUUUUUUUUUUCUUAAAUUUUAGUUCAGAGGGACAGAAAAGAUUAGAAAAUGUAUUCUCAUAAAUGCGAGAAUUGCUGGAGUUCCUCCUGCUUACAGCUUGGGAGAUGAUCCGUGCUAGUUAUUUACAGCAAUGUAACAGACAUCAAAAUCUGUUCUAUAAAUCCCUUCUCUCUCUUAUUAUUAUUUUUUUUUUUUAAUAAACAUGCAGGAAUUUAGAUUUUGCAUCACUGUUACAAAAUCCAGUAGUAUUUAGGAGUAACUGCUCACAAUACAGAAGGACCGGACUCCACAAGUUAUAGUAUGGUGAGCCAUUGCUUUAGAAUACUGCCUGGUUUGAUAUAUUUUUUUUUCUUUUUUCACCAGGGUUGUCUUUAUUAUUACUCAUUUUAUCCAAAAUAUCUAUUUUUAUGCAUUCGUGACUCCCAUUACUCCUUUAAAGAAUAUUCAUAGAAAAAAUAUACCUUUAAAUAUACAUAGAAAUAUAUAUAUAUUAAAAAGCGGGUUGAUCCAAUUAACAUAAUGCUCUCAGCUUAAAAUGUUUAUUUUUAUGCAAAACCUGUGGAUUAUUGUUGUUUUUUUUUUUUAAAGACAAGAUUCUAAGUACCAGACCUGUGAUUUUUUUUGUCUUGCAAGUAAUUGUUCUAGACCAUUUAGAAAACUGUGCUGAUAUCUAAUUUAUUGUGGGGUUUUUGCUGUUCUUCUUGUUGUCUUCUGCUGUGUUUGAACCAGAUGACUGUCCCAACAAAAAUCCUGGUAAGGCCUUUUCAUUUUAUGGAGCUUGCAAAGCAACUAUCCAGUACUGUAUUGUCCCUGCAGAAGUGGUAGCACUCUGCAAAAUAGGGAUGUUGUUUUCAGGUCACAUGAGUGAUGCUCUAAUAUUGCUAGUGGGGAGGAUGUUGCGUCUCUCUGCAUUUGCUUCCCUCCAGCCCAAAUAUCUCAGUCCCCAGACCCCCUUGCUUAGAGCAGGUAGGGUGGGUUACCCAGAUCCUGCGUUGAUCACAAAUAAGUGGUGUCAGCACAUCUCAAACGCGGGAGCGGGCCCACAGUUUAUAAAUUGCCUUAUGUGACAGGAGGGUGGCACAGCAGGAAACCUGUGGAUGGUGAUGUUGUUUGGAGCUAGGAGAUCUUCUCUCCUGGGUCACGUUCAGCCCAUUGUAAACAGCCACAACUCUGUGCAUUUUCAGUAUUUUUGCAUCUGCUAAAUACCUUGAUUCUGGUUGGUAUUACCCGGUGAAAUGAAUUUCCCAUUUUCUUUGGCUUAGGACUGAUUGAAGUAGAAAGGACAGUAAACUCCCAAGUAGGCUGUGCCCACGGUGGUUUUUCAGUUUGCAGGCUGAACUGAAAAAUCUGGGGAAAAAAGUUGUAAGGGUGACCUGAGACAAUUUUUUUUUUUCAUUUUCUCAGUGAAAUGGAAAAGGGAAAAAUCAAAACAUGAAAAAAAAAGUAUUUCAAACCAAAACAAAGCAUUUAAUUUGUAGGGUUGCUUUUUCACUUUUUUAAAAACAUUAUGACUUGCGCUAUAACAAGUUGUUUUGAAGCAAAAAUGUGAAACCUUCUGUUUUGAAAAUGCUGAAAGAAGAUGUUUUAAUGUUAAUGGUCUUUUUUUGCCUUUGCCUUUUUUUCUUAAUCUAAUGACUGGUUUCAGUUAACCCUAAACUGCAUUUUUUGGUGAAUAUAUUAUCCACUGAAGAGAACCUGGAGAAGCCUGUUGCCCAGUUCUGCUCCACUGACAGGUGCACUGGUCACAUUUCAGGGAUUACCUGGUAUCUGGCCCAGCAAAGCUGCUGUUUCCCAUUUAAUAAUCUUCCACUUGAUUAUUUUACUGGGUGAAUAAUAAAAGCAUCUCUCAUCCCAUGCCAUGGACUGGUUUUGUAGGCUGGCUUAGACAUCCUCGCUCUGUUGGUCUCAGCUUGGUCUCAGAUUUAUGACUACAGAUUUAUGAUGCUACUCCAGUUUGAGCCUAAUCCCAUUGUGCAGUGGGAAUUAUCAUUUGCCCAACUGAUAAGUAAGAAAUAAGACAUUGCUUUUUCUCCCUUUUUCUAUCUUAGCAAUGUCAGUAAUAUAUCUUUAUUAAGUAGAAUUAGGGAAAGGGUCCCUGACAAACAUGAAUGUGUUGUUCCAGGCAGAAUCCUGCAUGCUCUGUGCUGCUUUCCAUGGGCAUUCCUCAGCUGUCUGCUUUUACUACCUUUGUGUUUCUUGGCUGUGAAGGAGGUGCAGUAGAAGGGGUUAUGUGGGCUUCAUUCCAGCUGCUCAGAGCUAGUUCUGCUUUGCAAUCUGUUUGCCACAAUCCUUGAAGCCUUUUUCACAGUUGCAGAACCCUUUCUUGACCCACUAUCCAAAGACCAUGGCCAAGGCAAACACCACCAGGUCGAAGUGGGUCUCUCUUUUGUGACCGGAAACAGGUGUAAGGGCUCCUUAUUCUGCCUGGAAUUGGGGUGUCAGUUAAGUUUUGCAACAGCCUCUUGAAGGGAAAAGGCCCAAGGCUAAGGAGAUGCUGGGGGAGGAUGGAGGGAUGAUGCACUAACUGCCUCACUUCUGGGUUCCAGAAAAGUCCAGAACCUCUUUAUUUAGGGCUGACAACAAAAUGUGAGGGGUCAGGAUGAGCAUGAUCAAUAUGAUAAGUGUGUCUUUCCCUUAAACACUUCAUGUUUCAUCUGUGCCAGAUGGAUUGAAUGCUCUUUGCCACUAUUGUAGAUGUUUUGGAUGCUGUGCAGUCCUUUGCUGGAGGAUGCAGGGGUGUCUCAGCCCCUUCUGGGAAGAGCUACUGAUCUUCCACAGACAAGACCUGUGUGCUUGUAACACAGUAGCCUCUGAUUUCAGUCGCCUCUGUGUCUUUCAGCAUCUGGCCCAGCCCUACAGCUCCUCCUGCUUCCCAAGCUGUCUCAUGCUCUUUGAGGAUGAUGGUAGCACAGGACACUUCCUACCAGCCUGAAGUGCCAAGCUAUAAGAUGCGCUAACUUGUAUCCAUUAGCAAAUCCUCCACGGUGCAGCUUGCUAAUGCUGAUAUUAGGAAAACAAGCAGCAGCUUUUCUUCUCUGCGCUGCUGAAGGGGAGAUAUUCCUUGCCACACAGGUACCAUCACACCCGGCACUGGUGCAGACACCUCUUUGGUUUAGGCAUUUCUGAGUAGCAAACUCCAGAUGGAAAGGGGACCUGUGUGGUGGCUAGAGCUGGACUGUGCACCAGCCCUUGCAAAGCAUGGGGUCUGUCGCUGGUGCACAGGAGCUGAGAGUUAGAAAGCCACUUCAGAAAUUCCCUUGUAUUUUGAUGUGUCUUGUGGCUAUAAUUCCUUCACCUGCUUUUACAGUGUAUUCUGCUAAUCCUGCCCCUAGUCUGCAUUUCACGUAGAUGGUCCCUGUUGAAACUUGCCAGAUGCAGUCCUGGGCUUAUUGCUUCUCUUUAACUGAAUCAAGUGGCAAUGACUUUCGCAAUGUAUUGGCAAUCUCUAUUCCUUCUGUUAAUUCAGUCUCUGAGUUUAACCACAAUGACCUGAGAAAUGUUUGGGGUUUGAGUGUUUUUUUUUAAUUAUUUUAAUUUUUGUUUUAACAAAGCUGAACAAUUCCCAUUGUAUUCAGAGCUGUGACGCCCAGUUCCAGUGACAAGUACUAGAUGGAUUUGUCCCAUUUUGUUUCUUGGCAAUGUUCAGAAAUAUAAUUUGUGUCAUCAUAA